AUGGCGCAAUUCUGGAAGCCAGGGACUGAAAAGCCUGAUGCUCAGGUGGUAGACGACGAAGAAGGCGGCGUUCUAUUCUUACCAGGGUCCAACUCUCUCUCUUCUUCGGGCUAUGGCUACGCUAGUAUCGAGAAACAACGCCAACGGUUACCUGUCUACAAGUACCGUACCGCCAUUCUCUACUUGGUGGAGACUCACGCCACCACUAUCAUCGUCGGCGAAACUGGUAGUGGCAAAACCACUCAAAUCCCUCAGUACCUGAUAGAGGCGGGUUGGGCUGCCGGUGGACGACUCAUUGCUUGUACUCAACCUAGAAGACUCGCUGUUCAGGCUGUUUCUUCUAGAGUUGCUCAAGAGAUGGGAGUCAAACUUGGAGAUCAAGUUGGAUACACCAUAAGGUUUGAAGAUGUUACUAAACAAGAUGAAACGGUUUUAAAAUUUGUAACCGAUGGGGUGCUCCUAAGGGAGAUGAUGAAUGAUCCUCUUUUGACAAAAUAUAGUGUUAUCAUGGUGGAUGAAGCUCAUGAGAGGUCCAUUUCAACUGACAUCUUGCUCGGACUAUUGAAAAAGAUCCAACGGCGUCGACCAGAGUUGCGAUUAAUUAUUGCAUCUGCUACUAUUGAAGCCAAAUCAAUGGCUGACUUCUUCCGCCCAAGAAAAAAGCGCCGAGAACCUGAAAAUCAGGAGAAUGGGCUAAAAGUUGAACCUGCAAUCUUAUCAGUCGAGGGAAGAGGCUUCAAUGUACAAAUUAAUUUUGCUGAGGAACCCUUCCAUGACUACAUUCAAGCUGCUGUUUCAACCGUACUCUCGAUCCAUGAGCGGGAAUCCACCGGAGAUGUUCUAGUAUUCCUUACCGGUCAAGAUGAUAUUGAUGCUGCUGCUCAUUUACUCAACGAAGACAUUCAAACUAAUCGAAAGCACUCAGGAUUGGUUGUUUUGCCUCUCUAUUCAGGACUGCCACGUGCUGAUCAGGAGUUAGUGUUUUCUCCAACCCCUAGAGGAAAGAGGAAAGUAGUAAUUUCUACUAAUAUAGCAGAGACAUCGCUCACAUUGGAGGGCAUUGUCUAUGUUGUUGACAGUGGGUUCUCAAAACAGCGGUUUUACAAUCCGGUUUCUGAUAUAGAAAAUCUGGUUGUGGCACCAAUAUCUAGGGCGUCUGCUAGACAACGAGCUGGUAGGGCUGGACGAGUUCGACCAGGAAAGUGUUACAGGCUAUACACAGAAGACUAUUUUCUUAGCCACAUGUCUGUUGAGGGAAUUCCAGAGAUACAGAGAUCUAAUCUUGUCUCCUGUGUAAUCCAGUUAAAGGCUUUGGGAAUCGAUAAUAUAUUGGGAUUUGACUGGCCAGCAUCUCCAUCACCCGAAGCAAUGAUCCGAGCACUGGAAGUUCUCUACUCACUUGCGAUCUUGGAUGAUGAUGCCAAGCUUACUUCACCAACUGGAUUUCAAAUUGCAGAAAUUCCACUUGACCCUAUGAUCUCAAAAAUGAUAAUAGCUUCUAGUCAACUCGGAUGCUCAGAGGAGAUACUCACAAUUGCUGCGACACUUUCCGUCCAAUCUAUCUGGAUCUCAGGGAGAGGAAUACAAAAGGAAUCGGAUGAAGCAAAAUUGAGAUUUGCUGCUGCCGAGGGUGACCAUGUAACAUUUCUAAAUGUCUACAAAGGUUUUCAUCUGUCUCGGAAAUCAUCACAGUGGUGUCACAAGCAUUUUGUGAACUACCAUGCCAUGAAAAAGGUUGUUGAAGUUAGAGAACAACUCAAACGAAUUGCACAAAGGAUAGGCUUAGUCUUAAAAUCUUGCGACAGUGAUAUGCAGGUUGUUAAGAAAGCGGUUACUGCUGGCUUUUUUGCUAAUGCAUGUCGUCUUGAACCAUACAGUCCUGACGGGAUGUACAAGACGCUAAGAGGAUCCGAAGAAGUAUAUAUUCACCCAUCAUCAGUGCUAUUCAGAGUAAAUCCAAAGUGGGUUAUAUUCAAUUCUCUAGUAUCAACUGAUCGGAAAUAUAUGCGCAAUGUGAUGACGAUAGAUCCCUCAUGGCUAUUGGAAGCUGCUCCUCACUUCUACCAGUUGCAGAAACCUAAUCUUCUUCACUAA